UUCCGCUUGACGAAGAAAGGCAUCAACCAUCUCAAGACGGUCGGUGUACGGUUGCUGAACGAGCAAAUCGCGUCACUCACCGGUUACUCAACCCAGUUCGCCAUCUCACAACCCGGGAUUGAAGGACUUGUCACAUUGAAUGAUGUACGAGUGCUGCACUAUAACCCACCACAGGUAUCUGUGGUCAAUUUCCUUGCCACCUCGCUCGCUGGGGCGUUUUAUGGCUCGGGCGGUCCGUUUCAAGUGCAGGGAUUCGUCGACGGAAGCAUUGUUGGAAUGACAGUCGCGCUGACCACGGAAUUUUCAACCAGUGCAGACGGCAUGAUGAGCGUCCAGCUGAAUAGAAACAACGUUUCGAAGAAAUAUCGAGGAUUCCUUAGAACGACCUGUGGUGGAAGUGAAAAACCUGGCGAUUUCAGCUCUUCGAUAUGUAUAUACCCGAACACUACGACGUCUUUUGUUUUGUUACCGCAUGGUCUUCCGGAUUUUGAGUUCAAUGGAGAUGCUGGUGCCAUCAAAUUAUCAACUCGAAUCCUCACGUGUGUACGUCUGGUCCGGAAAAGCAAGAUAAUGGUGUCAUCAGCGGAAGGACAAGCGGACGUUCUGCUGGCAGCACAGAAUGGACACCUUGGAGGUGAUCUGAAAUUGAAUCGACUAUCGGUGCGACUUCAUCGCACUUCGCUGCCUGGUAUGGAUCCGUCAUCAAUCGAACAACUUGCACCGCUAGCCAAGACAUUCAUCGGACCUCAGCUAAGUCAGGCUCUCAAGAAAGGCAUACCAUUCCCCCUCAAGGAUUCGAUCACAUUCGUCGAGCCACAAUUGAAAACCCGUGACGGUUACAUUGAACUAGCCACGGACUUCGUUCUUAACGAAAACGCGAUGCGAGCGAAAAUUCAUGAGACGUUCGCCGAUAUAAAUAUCUAG